AUGCAGAUUAGGGCUCAACCUUUAGUCAGCAAGUCUAAGUGGUGGAAGCGCCUUGUCGAACAAAUGCACGCACGCAUUGCCCAGAUGGACGAGAGACUCCUGCCCACAGAUGCUGUUCUUGCAGCAAAGAACCAGGUUGAUGCGAGUUCUGAAGCUGCUGCUGACGCAAGCGGAGAGGUACUAGAGAACAGGCCAGUACUUCUAGGUCAACA